AGAACAUGGCGGACAAGAAAUCAGGGGAUUCACAUGUUAUGCUCAAAUUUACGUAUUUGAUGGAUAAUUCAUUCCACAUAAAGCUUUUGCAAGGUUAACUGUAUUAUAAUAAUCAUUAUGGCUUCUGUAAAAUUGUUGCUGUAUUUCGUUAUUAUAUUGGAGUCGUUUGGAAAUCCAAUGAGAACCGAUGAGAUUUUGGUCCUUAGAGAGAAAGUUCGAUCAAUGUUUUAUCAUGGUUAUGACAGCUACAUGAAGUAUGGUUACCCAUAUGAUGAGCUUAAACCUGUGUCAUGCGCAGGACAUGACACCUGGGGAAGCUAUUCAUUGACUUUGAUUGAUGCUCUUGACACACUUUUGGUGAUGGGAAAUGAAACUGAAUUUGUCAGAGUUGCAGGCCUUCUCGUUGAUACACUGGACUUUGAUCGAGAUAUAAAUGUCUCUGUUUUUGAAACUAACAUACGAGUUGUAGGUGGACUGUUAUCAGCGCACCUUUUGUCAGUCCGGGCUGGUUUUCAACUGGAUGCAAGAUGGCCAUGUGAAGGGCCUCUGUUACAGCUGGCUGUCGAUGUUGCUGAGAGAUUGCUACCAGCAUUUGAUACAGCAACUGGCAUGCCUUAUGGUACUGUGAAUCUUAUAUAUGGUGUUCCUGAAGGAGAGACUCCUGUCACCUGCACGGCUGGUGUCGGAACAUUCAUCUUGGAAUUUGGAACCCUUACUAAACUCACAGGUGAUCAGAGAUUUGAAGAUGCAGCUUUGAAAGCUUUGAAUGGACUUUGGAAGGCAAAGUCAGACCUAGGUUUGGUUGGAAAUCAUGUGGAUGUACAAACUUCCAAAUGGACGGCGGAGGACAGCGGGAUUGGCCCAGGGGUUGACUCGUACUAUGAAUACUUGCUUAAAGGAGCUAUACUGUUCGAUUCUCCAGGAUUGCAUGGAAUGUUUGAAGAGCUGUAUGGGAAAAUUGUGAAAUACAACAAAAUUGAUGACUGGUACAUCUGGGCGAACAUGUUUAAGGGGAAAUAUUCCAUGGCGACGUUCCAUUCCCUUGAUGCUUACUGGCCAGGGUUACAGACACUUCGGGGAGAUAUCGGCAAUGCUUCCAAGACAUUGAAACGGUAUCACAGUGUUUGGAAGAAAUUUGGCUUCACUCCAGAGUUUUAUCAAAUCACAGCUGGGCUGCCCAUUAAAGAUAGAGAGUCCUAUCCUCUCCGACCAGAACUCAUUGAAAGCACAAUGUAUUUAUACCAAGCCACUAAGGAUCCCUACUUCUUGGAGGUUGGAAGAGAUAUUCUACACUCUAUAGAAACAAGUUGCAGGACUGAGUGUGGUUAUGCCACUGUGAAGAAUAUUAUAACACAUGAACUUCAAGACAGGAUGGAAUCAUUUUUCCUGGCAGAAACAACCAAGUACCUAUUCUUGCUUUUUGAUACAGACAAUUUUCUUCAUGGCAAUGCAAGGACUUUAGAUCACAGCCUGAACUGCAGGACUCAUUCCCAUGGGUAUGUUUUCAACACGGAGGCACACCCCAUUGACAUUGGUGCUUCAAAAUGUUGCCAUAGUCAAAACAAGGUUCACCUGAUGGAAGAAAUCACAUUGAAACCUCUCACAUGCCAGGCACGUGGUUUCAAUGCAAGGUUUUCUUUUGAAGGUGCAUUCAUAGAAGACUAGUAGUUCAUAGAAGACAGUAUCUUCUUGCACAAAACCUCGCUGCCAGCACAAACAAUUUCUCUAGCCAUUAUGUCGACAGGCUCUCCUAGAAGAAGACCAAGUGGCAUUACAUUGCUGCAUUACUUUGGUACCAUAUUGCAACCUUAGGAACUGACCUGUAG